CAGCCAAUGAAAAGCGCCACACAAAAAGAGCAGCAGCGAGUUAUCUCCAGCGCUAUGCGCCUUAUCGGCCCGUGUGCGUGUCUGUUGACAUAUAUGGAGGAAACAACCGUCACGCAGCCGCCUGACAAUUCCCUCCCAAAAUAAUCUGAACGCAGCUGAGCAGCUGCGCGCCGCCGCCGCCGAGGACGCGCUGCGAUCAGGGGGCGACAAACAGACGAUAUAAUGACGAAAUUCAGAUAUUCGGACUAUUUAUCGCAGUUCCGAAGCCCAGGACGAAAAUCGUACGACGUUGUGUCGCGACUGAGAGAAGAUAGCUGGAGGAGAGACGGAACCACAGAGCCGGAGGAUGCUGAUCCGGUCAUCUGGGCCAUCAGGAGAGGGGAUGUGAAGGAACUUCAGGAUCUGGCAACAUCCUCACCUGUCAGCUUGUUGAAGGAGAACAAAGAUGGAUGGAUACCUGUGCAUGAUGCUGCCUUCUGUGGACAGACAGAGUGCUUGAAGAUCAUUCUGAAGGCCCACCCAGGUUUAGUGGACAAACGGACACUGCAGGAGCAGACGUCUCUGCUGCUCGCCGUGUCCUGUGGACACCUGCCUUGUGUUCGAUGCCUCCUGGAGUCAGGAGCUGACCCUGACAUCUCCAACAACAACAGGGAGACCGCUUUAUACAAAGCAUGUGAACUGGAGAAUGUGGAGAUGGUCAGCCUCCUUCUAUCCUACGGCGCCACUGUGAACCAGCGGUGUGCUCAGGGCUGGACAGCUCUCCAUGAAGCUGUGGCUCGAGAUAACACAGAGAUUUGUGACAUCCUGGUAGGGGCAGGGGCCAUGCUCAAUCCAGCUCACACGUACAGCAUCCCACCUCUAAAUGUAGCAGCUCAGAAAGGACACAUGAGGGCACUGUGUUACCUUAUUGACAAAGGUGCCAAUGUGAACAUGCAGACGUGUGAUGGCAUCACCGCUCUGCAUGAGGCUGCUGAAAAUGGCCACAACGUAGUCGUACAUGCAUUGCUUUCUAAACAUGCAGAUGCUAACAAACCUGCAAACUCUGGACUCCUACCUCUGCAUAUUGCUGCAAAAUAUGGCCACCAUGAAAUUGUGUCCCAGCUCGUCUCAGUUACAAGUCGUGCCAAGCUGCGGCACAGCUGGAUCAGCCCGCUCCACCUGGCAGCAGAGCACAACAGGCACGCGGCGGCAGCUGUGCUGCUGAAGGCAGGUGCAGAUGUUAAUGACACGUUGGCACACAGUCACGCCGUCCAGUACUCCGAUCGACGGGCCACGGCGCUCUAUUUUGCUGUCGCUAACGGGAGCACCAAAACAGCUGAGCUGCUGUUAAACGCUGGUGCCAGCCUGAGCCUGGACCCCGUCAGCCCGCUUCUCAUGGCCGCACGUCAGGGCUGUGUGAGGAGCGUGGCCUUACUGCUGGAGCGAGGAGCAGACCUGGAUGCCAAGAUACCAUCUUAUUCCACCACAUUCCCUGCUGUUGUUGCUCUUUGCAUGGAUAACCUCCCUCUUCUGAGGUGCCUUUUGAACCACGGCUGUGAUGCACUUUCGUGUUUUUACUGCACGUAUGGCCGUGAUCCUCAUCCACCUCCAGACAGUAACUGCAAUAUUUUGCUAAAUGAAAGCACGGCUCUUAUGAACUGCAAUGAAUCACCAGAAAGGACAAUCCAGUUCUGUGAGUGGAUCUCCACCCCGCUGAUGUGUGAGUGGGCAGGACCCGUGCUAGACCUCCUGCUGGAGCACGUGGGGCAAGUUCAGCUUUGCAGCAAGCUCACUGAGCUACUGGACAGCAGGGAGAAGUGGCAUGAUGUCAAGAGGAAGUUAUUGUCACCGCGUCCACUGUUCCACCUGUGCAGGUUAAGGAUCCGGAGGCAGAUUGGCAAAAACAGACUGAGAUCCAUCACAGGCUUACCUCUGCCAGACAGACUGAUCAGAUACUUGAGCCUGAAUGACUGACUCAAAGAUAACCAUCUCACAACAACGUCCUCAGAGACAAAAGAAUGUUUUUUCUUUUAUGAUUUGACAUCUUUAUUCUGUAAAAUUGUAUUUUUAUUUAUAACUAUCUAUUUAUGGAUGUGAUCUGACAAUAUGGCUCUUUAAUAUGUCAAUUAUUCUCCUUUUUUAAAAGAAAUCUUUAAAAAGUUAUUCAGAAAAGGAA